AUGGCCACUCCCGACAAGAGGCAGUCUACUGCCAGCGUUGUUCUCACCAGAGAAGUCACCGUCGAGAUCUCUGUGCCUGACAAGGCCCUCACCCCUACCGUGGGCGUUUAUGCCGUGCCGACCAAUGCCACCUCGGUCACCAGCAUCACAUCCAACCCACACUCGGACAAGACGACUACCAAUCCCUUUGAUGCCGACAUUGAGGCUCUCAACUCUCACAGCUCCUUUGACAAGCCCCUCCGAAAAAGCAUGACGCUGGAUGCCAACAAGAAGUGCUGCCAAGUAUGGCCCGGAAAGGACCACUGGGAGAAGCAGGCCCAGCAGACCAAGGUGAAGCGAAACAACUGCGUCUGCAUGGCCAACCUGAGCCCGCGCAACAAGAUCAUCGCCAAGGUCCUCAUCAUCGUCCUGGUCGUGGGAGUCGCCGUCAGCGUCGGCUUUGGCAUAAGCAAGCCGCUGGGCGCACCGCUCUGGGGCGACAAGAACUGA